AAAAAUUGAAGAAAAGGAAUAGAGUCACUGCAAUGGUCCGAGCAGUUGGGGCAUCAAUACAAUCUUGCGAGGCCAUCAUGAACUAGGGUUUGUUUUCAUAACUUAACAGCUGCGAACCACGAUUUCGACAAAUUAUCUAGAAGAACGAACAAGAAAUCAGACUCAACUCUUCUUGUUCUGCAAGCUCUCCUAAUUUAUUCACCCUCGGCGAAAAUAAAUGCUCACCAUCUUCGUAUAAUACCUUGUACUUGAUCGAUCCGACCAUGGCACUUCCUCUGGGGAAGCUGACGUUAAUCAUUGGAGCAGGCCUUGUUGGGUCAGUUCUUGCUAAAGAAGGACGCUUGCCAAGCGUAUAUGAUGUUUUCUCUGGUGCCUCAAAGGUACUUAAAAUGAUUGGAAACGAUGAUAAACCUACAUCAACUCCAAAAAGACACAGUGACUCGUUAAUGGCACAGGUGAACAGCCUAAGGCAGGAGCUACAACUCCUGGCAUCAAAUAGACCUGUUACCAUUGUGACCACCAAUGGUUCAUCAGGUGCUAACAAAUAUGGUGUCAUUAUCAUUGUUGUUGUCGUUGGAUACGGAUAUGUUUGGUGGAAGGGUUGGAAGCUUCCUGAUAUGAUGUUUGCUACAAAACGAAGCUUAUCUGAUGCCACAAGUGCUGUAGCUAAACAGCUUGACACUGUCUACUCAUCACUUGCAGCUACCAAGAGACAUUUAUCUACAAGGAUUGAUCGUGUGGAUAGCAGUUUAGAUGAGGUUGCAGAACUUACAGCUGCUACAAAAGAGGAGGUUUCUUUAAUACGUGGGGAUACAAAAGUGAUUGCUCUAGAUGUUCAAUCUGUACAUAAUGCUGUUUACACCCUGGAGAGUAAGCUUAGUAGGAUUGAAUUGAAACAGGACGACACAAACCUAGGAGUGGCUAAGUUGCUUCGUACUGCAUUAACAAUGGAAAAACAGGCUUCUGUGGAACGCAUUCAGGGAAACCCAUCAAGUUCAUCAAGGCCAGCUCUUGAAUUACCUCAGAGGACUCUAUCUUUGCCACCUGUUCAAAUAGAAGAGCUACAACCAUCACCCCCUGUAUCUCCCAAAGCAAAGCGACCUUUGGAAACGGCUGUUUCUGCCUCUGGUUUGAAGGUUUUCCAAGAGAAGGCAGUAGAGAGUCCAACGCAGGGGCUGAACAUAAACAUUACAGAAGAUGGGAGUACAAGCUCUCGGGUUUUUGGGCGCACAUUUUCGGGUAUAAGUUCGGUGUUCUCGAGAGCACGUCCUCCAUCCAAAUAGGCACGUACAUGAAAUGAAAAAACAUGAUAAUAUUUUCCAAAAUGGACAACAUUAUAUUAUAAAUAUAAAUAUUUUUGUACCUCAUAGAAAACAGAAACAAGCCUCUGAGGAAUGGAUGCAAGCAUCCUCAGGUAGAGCCAGAGCUUAGUUUAUUUAGUCUUUGGGCAUGCUCAAAACCGAAGCUGGUAAUUAUGUAACAAUUAUCAGAUUAUCAUUGAAUCCAAUCUUUAGUCAUCGUAUAUUGGAUUUUUCAUUUUCAAGAUCUUUCAGUAAUCAACUUUAUAAUAGAUGUUUUGUCACAUGGGUUCAAAAAUAAUGAGAAUAUAACAUUUUUAAUUUGGUAUACGAAA